AUGACAAAAGAGUUCGAGAUGAAGGAUCUCGGUCUGAUGAGAUACUUCCUUGGUCUGGAAGUCAGACAAGACAAAUCCGGGAUCUUCGUAUCUCAAGAAGCUUAUGCAAAAGAUAUCCUGAAGAGGUUCAAAAUGAUAGAUUGCAAUCCGGUUUCAACUCCUAUGGAACCCGGCUUAAAACUUUCGAAGUAUGAUGGAGAAGAAAGAGUUGAUCCGAGUAAUUACCGGAGUCUAGUAGGAUGUUUGAGGUAUUUAACUUGUACGAGGCCAGACUUGUGUCUAAGUGUUGGGAUUAUAAGUUGUUUCAUGGAAGAUCCGGGCUACACACAUUGGAAGGCAGCAAAAAGGAUAUUGAGAUAUGUUCAAGGAACAAUCUCGCAAGGACUUUAUUAUUCGAAGUCAGACAAGUACAAGCUGGUGGGAUAUUCAGAUAGCGACUGGUGCAGAGAUGUUGAUAACAGGAAGAGCAUGGUUGGCUAUGUGUUUUUCAUGGGAAACACAACAUUCACAUGGGUGUCAAAGAAGGAACCCACUGUGGCUUUAUCUACAUGCGAAGCCGAAGAGAAUGGGAAACAGAGAGAGAGAGAAGCAGAGGCAAAGAGCAUGAGAACUGUGAAGGAAUGGUUCAUGUCUUCACAGGCUUUACUGAGCAUGUUACUUGUGCAAAUUUUUGCAACUGGGAUGCAGCUGCUAUCAAGGGUUAUAUUAGUUCAGGGUACUUUCAUCUUUGCACUCAUUACAUAUCGUCAUGUUGUUUCUGCCAUUUGUGUUGCCCCCUUUGCACUCUACUUUGAAAGAGGCCGCACAAAGAAGUUCAGUUGGAGAGUUUUGUUUUGGAUCUUUGUUAACGCAUUAGCGGUAGCGGUGUAA